AGCUGUGGGGACCAGUGGACGCCAUGGUGGGACCUCAGAGAGCAGGGGGAGGGGAGUGACAGGUGAUCAUUCCUGCCUCCAUGCCAAGCUUCUGGCCCCUUCUGCCCCUGGGGAAGGCAGGGAAACGGGGCAGGGAGCUCCCGGAAUGAAGGUCCUGAAGGUGGGCAUAUGGGCCUGUGGAAUCAUGUGCCACUUUAUCUGGGCAGAUACCUUGAGGACAGAAGUCAGUGUGAUUUGAGAAGGGACUGAGUCCGGGGCACGGCCAGACUUGGGGUGACAAUGGCGGAGGAGGAUGGCCACACCAGCGCCCGCCUCACAGGAUUGAUAGCUGACUAUUGGCAAGUAGGGCCCCCACAGUUGUAAUUAGCACCCGGGGUGUCAGUCAGAGAGCAGCAAGCAGCCAAAUCCCUGCUGCCCCGCCCAGCUUGUGGGCCAGUGGGGGACGAUUAACCAUUAACCCCCACCCCUCCCCGCCAGAGCCUCCGCCCCACCAGAGGCUAGGCCCAGACUCCUGCAGAUCCUCCCAGAGGACGGUUUGAAAGGCAGGAAGGCAGAGAGGGCCCCUGGGAGGAGGCCGUGGGAGGGCGGAGGGCGGGGGGCCUCCGGGGUGGGCAUCCUAAGCAGGGCAGGCGGCCGAGUCGUGGAGGCUGGGGGAGAAUGCGCCUCUCGAAAACCCUCGUCGACAUGGACAUGGCCGACUACAGCGCCGCCUUGGACCCAGCCUACACCACCCUGGAAUUUGAGAAUGUACAGGUGUUGGCCAUGGGCAAUGAUACAUCUCCAUCCGAAGGCACCAACCUCAACGCGCCCAACAGCCUGGGCGUCAGCGCCCUAUGCGCCAUCUGUGGGGACCGGGCCACAGGCAAGCACUACGGUGCCUCCAGCUGCGACGGCUGCAAGGGCUUCUUCCGAAGAAGCGUGAGGAAGAACCACAUGUACUCCUGCAGAUUUAGCCGGCAGUGCGUGGUGGACAAAGACAAGAGGAACCAGUGCCGCUACUGCAGGCUCAAGAAGUGCUUCCGGGCUGGCAUGAAGAAGGAAGCUGUCCAGAAUGAACGUGACCGAAUCAGCACUCGGAGGUCCAGCUAUGAGGACAGCAGCCUGCCCUCCAUCAAUGCGCUCCUGCAAGCAGAGGUCCUGUCCCAGCAGAUCACCUCCCCAGUCUCUGGGAUCAACGGGGACAUCCGUGCUAAGAAGAUCGCCAGCAUCGCAGAUGUGUGCGAGUCCAUGAAGGAGCAGCUCCUGGUGCUUGUCGAGUGGGCCAAGUACAUCCCAGCCUUCUGCGAGCUCCCCCUGGACGACCAGGUGGCCCUGCUCCGAGCCCAUGCCGGCGAGCACCUGCUACUCGGAGCCACCAAGCGAUCCAUGGUGCUGAAGGAUGUCCUGCUGCUGGGCAACGACUACAUCGUGCCUCGGCACUGCCCGGAACUGGCCGAGAUGAGCCGAGUGUCCAUGCGCAUCCUCGAUGAGCUGGUGCUGCCCUUCCAGGAGCUGCAGAUCGAUGACAAUGAGUACGCCUGCCUCAAAGCCAUCAUCUUCUUCGACCCCGACGCCAAGGGGCUGAGCGACCCGGGCAAGAUCAAGCGGCUGAGGUCACAGGUGCAGGUGAGCCUGGAGGACUACAUCAAUGACCGCCAGUACGACUCACGCGGCCGCUUCGGUGAGCUGCUGCUGCUGCUGCCCACCCUGCAAAGCAUCACCUGGCAGAUGAUUGAGCAGAUCCAGUUCAUCAAGCUCUUCGGCAUGGCCAAGAUCGACAACCUGCUGCAGGAGAUGCUCCUGGGAGGUUCCUCCAGUGAUGCACCCCAUGCCCACCACCCCCUGCACCCUCACCUGAUGCAGGAACACAUGGGAACCAACGUCAUCGUUGCCAACACGAUGCCCACUCAUCUCAGCAAUGGACAGAUGUGUGAGUGGCCCCGACCCAGGGGGCAGGCAGCCACCCCUGAGACACCACAGCCCUCACCGCCAGGUGGCUCGGGCUCUGAGCCCUACAAGCUGCUGCCAGGAGCCAUCACCACCAUCGUCAAGCCCCCCUCCGCCAUCCCCCAGCCAACCAUCACCAAGCAAGAAGUCAUCUAGCAAGUCGCCGGGGGUCGGGGGCUCUGCUGGCUCCCCCAUCCCCCUCAGAGAGUGCCUGGUGAUCCCUCAGUCACAGCGAUGGGAGGCGUGGCCACAGGGCCAGCUCCAGAACAGGAAGGGAAAGGGCCAAGAGCGCAAAAAUGCAGACAGGGGGCUCUAUGCCAUCGCCACCCUUUGACAACCUAUGCCCUGGAUGUUGGGGCUUUGACUUGGGGAAACCCUGCCUGGGAAGUUCUCUGCUGCCUUGGACAAUGUUUCCAUGGUGAAGCUACUGCCUUCACCUUCAUCCACAUCUCCCCACAUUCUUCACCCCCAAAGGACAGCUGUUGGGAGAUGCUAGGAGGCCCUGUUCCAACCCUGCUCCCUUCUUUUCCACUGGUUCCCCUUCCUGUCCUACUACAGUCACGGUGGUCAUGGAGUCCUUCUGCAGAGCCCUGCCAGGCUGCAUCAACUUGUGUCUCCUUGCUCUGCCCCCUUCUACUGCCCCAACUUCCGAUGACCUGUCCAUCCCCCCAUUGUCACCAUCUUCAUCCAUCCUGUCUUCCCCAAAGCUGCCUCUCUGGGGGCUGAGAAAAACUUGGAACAAAUUCCCCAAGUCAUCUCAGGAACAUUCCAGAAACACUGGCUUCUGGGACUUGUCUUGGGAAACAGACAUCCCUCCCCUCCUACAGUUGCACUGUACUUCCCUUCCCCGGGGCUAUGGUGUCUGUCUGAAACCUGGAUCACUAAAGGUGUUCUGGAAUGAAAGAAUUGCUGCAGGCUGACAGCUGCAAGAUGACCUCAGUGGGGAAGGGGCUGGGGGGUGGGGUGGAGGGGGCAGGGCAGAGAAUGCUUCAGGCAAGAGGCAUUUGAGGAGGGGAGACAGGCUAUCCCAAGGGAGAAUAGCCUGAGUGAAGGCCUGGCCCCAGAGCCAGAAGAACUGGGUGACACAGGCACAAUGAGGAGAGCAGGCCCCCUUGAGUCCACAGGGCAAGCCGGGGAGCUUGGGGCCCUGAGUGUCAAAUGAAGCCAAGAGUAGUUAGGGGUGUGCAGUGAGCUAGAUUUCACAAGGUGAAUGUGCUAGCGCUGUGGUGGUGGAAGGUUGGGAGGAAGCAGGGAGAUGAGGAGGGGCCAUGAUGCAGUGCUAAUGAGAAUGCAGGGGACUGCACCUGCAGAGAAAGGGAAGGGCGAGCCCUCAGGUAGGGGGCAUGCUGGCUCUUGCUGGCUCCCAGGCACUGCCUGAGACUGUUAGCCAGCUUCACCUCACUGCUCACUGUUGUCUAAUGAUGGUUACAGAAGCAAACCUGAACCCUGGAGAGGUUAGGUGAGCUUAAAUAUAGGCACAUGUAAGGAGGACGCCAAGUCAGAACUUGAACUUGGUCUCCCUGGAAGAGAACAGGCGAUCCAUCCCCACUGUGGUUGAACUAAGGCAGAAAUGGGCUUUCUGCCCUCUGCACCAACCUCAGAAACCAAAAGCUCGUUCUGAGCAGGAGCUCUGCCCACACUGGGGCCUCAGACAGCACUAAAACUCACCGGAUGAACAGGAGGGAGAAUGCAUGACUCCUUACCUCUUCCCUGUCUCUUCCCCAAGCCCAAGGAAGAGACAGAAAAGAUCCAG